AUGAACCGCCAGUCAGCCCCUCAGCUCAACCUGCUGCAGAAGUUCUCUCUGCUCCGGCUCACUGCUAUCAUGGAGAAGUACUGCGAACCCAACCAACAUGGCUGGAGCUGGUCAAUUCCUAAGUUUAUGAAGAGAAGUAAGGUCCCUGACUACAGGGACAAGCAGGUUUUUGGUGUCCCGCCAAUCAUCAAUGUCCAAAGGACUGGGCAACCCCUACCCCAGGGCAUCCAGCAGGCCAUGCGCUACCUCCACACCAGCUUUGGUCUGUGUUCUCGGUCAAAUUACCAUUUUACACAUCAGAACAUCAGAGAUUCCAAAGAUGGUGAUGGUAUCUGUCAUGUGUAUUUUCCAGGUGUCCCGAAGGACAUGCGUCUUCAGGCAGCCCAGGCUGCAGUCAUCCUGCUGCCUGACGAGAACCGGGAGGUCCUGCAGACCCUGCUCUACUUCCUCAGUGACAUCGCUUCUGCUGAGGAGAACCAGAUGACAGCUGGGAACCUGGCCGUGUGCCUGGCCCCCUCCAUCCUGCACCUCAACGUCUCCAAGAAGGAGGGCACCUCCCAUAGAUUAAUCCACCGAAAGGGGGCAGGUGGAAAACCAGACCACAAGGACCUGAGUGAGAACAUGGCUGCCAGUCAAGGGCUCAGCCACAUGAUUGUGGAAUGUAAGAAAUUAUUCCAGUUCCCUCAUGAGAUGAUGUUGCAGUCGCGGAACUCCUACGUUGCAGCAGACGCCCGGCCACUCCCUCUCUACAGCCUGGGCCUGAACAUGAAGGGCAAUCCUGUGGAUUAAAGAGCCUACCUGGAGGAUAACAUCCAAGCUGUACUGAGGGAGGCCAUAGCAAAGAGCAAAGGAUGGCACAGUGCCCCAAGCCCAGAGAACACAGAGCUGACCUACAAGAAGGUAGGGGAUGGCCAUCCCAUCCGUCUUUGGAAAGUGACCACAGAGAUCGAGGCCCCGCCCCAGACAGUGUUGCACAGAGUUCUGCGUGAGCGCCACCUGUGGGAUGACGACCUACUACACAGCCGUGUAAUCGAGGCUCUAGAGGACAACACAGAGGUGUAUCACUUUGUGACAGACAGCAUGGCACCUCAUCCCCGCAGGGACUUCGUAGUGCUGAGGCGGUGGUGUAGAGACCUUCCUCGGGGCCUAUGUCUGCUAGUGUCCUCCUCUGUGGACCAUGACAACGUUCACCUGGAAGUGGGGCUACAGGCAGUGCUGCUAACCUCACGGUACCUGAUUGAGUCCUCUGGGAUGGGCCGGUCCAGGCUGACGCACUACUGCAGAGCAGACCUCCGGGGACGAUCACCUGAGUGGUACUGCAAAGUGUUUGGCCAUCUCUGUGCAGUGGAAGUUGCUAGGAUACGGGGCUCCUUCCCUGUGCUUACAGCGAGAGGAACAGAGACAAAGAUUUGAGCUCUGAGAUGGCCAGACAGCCCACCUCAGACACGUGCUGCCUACGGCUCACAAUUACUCAAAUUUAGAGUGCCAAUCUGUAGCGUUAUGCUACAUCUACCUGACACUCUCUGCAGUGUCAUCAACAUAGGACUGUCAGGAUGUGGACUCUCAUAUUGUACUGAUGUCCCAUUAGGAGCUACUGUGGAAUUGGUAGCAAUAUUCUAAACAAUUCUAUGCAUUAACUCACGAUAACAUAUUCAAAAGUACUCUGAAGUAAAUGAAAUAGUUUAUAUAUACAAAAUCCAUUCUUUUGAAAGACUAGGUUAGAUUAGGACAGGAUUGUGUUGAUAGCUUUACUUAUGAUACUUACAUAUCAGUUCCCAUUUUAAUGCUGCUGUGAAAGGAGCAAGACUAAAGGCGAGGAUGCUAAAACGCCAUGGAAUAAUUCAGGAGAGCUCUUUAGCAACCAUUCCUGUUUGUUCUGUAUACUAUGCAAUUUCCUCAUGAUAAAUUCACAGAGCUAAUAUAUUUUACUACUGUGAUUCGCUGCAUCUCAAACAUAAGAAUGGCACCUUACCUUGCUACUUGAAUAGCUAAACCCCAGUAUUGAUGAUACUUAGAUGUAAGAGAGAAAAGGGUUGCUUACUGAGACACCUUAGUGGGUGGUAGUGAGCUUUCUUAUAUCUCCUAGAUAUCGGACAGACACUUCAAAAACGUAUUCCUUAUGAUAUAUUUUUUGGACUCUCUGUUUUGCCAUGUAUUUGUGUGUUACUCAAUGUAUUUCUAUGGGCUAUAGUAGUAAAGGCCAAAUGCAAUAUUUUAUCAAAUAAGGUUUUUAUAUAUAUUUUUAUACUGACAGGGGUCCUAAAAUUCAA